AUGUCGAAUGUUGAUAUUUCCAGCGAUGGCCUCAUCGGGCUCGACUACGACUCGAGAGGUUAUCUUCAGUCUCACUCCUGGCCUGUGGCCGUGGACCAACAUUCUCACCACCACCACCAUCAUCUUGCUCAUGCUCAUCAACACCCGCACCACCAUCACCACCACCACCACCACCACCACCAACCAGCUCGGAUACAACGCGAUAUCUCGCCUCUGCAGGCUGCUACCACCACCGGUCAUCCCUAUGAUCAGAGCAUCGCUGCUCACGACCCGUUGAUGGUCGACUGGCAAUUCCAGCAAUUCCCUUCUCACCUUCAAUACUCUCCCCCGCCGCCACAGCAGGAUGACCCUACCUCCGCUCCUCCGUUCACCACUGCCGCCGCCAGCUAUGGGAUGCCCAUCCAGUCUUCUCCCCCCAUGGACCUGAUGCCUGCAGCUCCCCACGGCCAGAUGAGCACAGGUUUACUGGACGGUUCCUAUCUAUCCCUGUCAGCCCCCGUCGAUAUGAUGUUCCCUUACCAGGACCUUCAGCCUGAUUUGAUGGCUUUCCCUCAGACCCACGGUCUUCCGGACAUGUCCCCUUAUUCAGCACCGCCCAAUGUGAUUGACAGCAGCUCGCCUGCCGAUACAUACCUCGAAGUCCGGUCUCUGGGCAGUUCAAGCAGUGACAAUGGCUGGAACACCAUCGAGCGUCGUUCUAUCGACUUCUCUUUCCCCGAGCAGGGCUUGUUCAUCAACCCCAACCAGACGCUGCAUGACAGGAGUCUCUCUGAGUCGUCGUACUCGGGAUCCUACGGUAGCUGGGUUGACAUCUCGAACCCCAUCAACUCCCCCACCUCGGAGACCAACCUGGAGUCCCCUUUCAUGCCCGUGAACCGUCGCGUGUCGUUCGACCACACCUCGCAUGGUUCUCAAUCGCCUACUGCUGUCAGUCCCGUGGCUAUUGUGCGGCCCAUUCCUGUACCAGGCAAGAAGUCGACGUCGCCGACGCGUUCAGCCGUGUCUCAUAGGUCCACGGGGUCAACCUCAUCGACUGCUUCCUCUUCUGUCUCUCCGACCACCCGGAAGCCGUCGCGGAAGAGUCCUAUCGCUGCCAAGACAAACGACACCAAGGUUCGCAAGCAGUCGCAGAACGGGAAACCCGAAACCGAAAAGCGAGUGGGUAAGCGUAAGGGCCCUCUCAAGCCGGAUCAAAGGAAACAGGCCAGUGAGAUCCGGAAGCUGAGGGCUUGCUUGCGUUGCAAGUUCCUGAAGAAGACGUGUGACAAAGGUGAGCCUUGUGCUGGUUGCCAGCCUUCGCAUGCUCGUCUUUGGCAGGUGCCUUGCACUCGUAUUGACAUCAAGGAGAUUGGAUACUUCAUGAAGGACUGGAAGGCGGACUACGAACGCCAUAUCUCGAUGGGCUUCUCGGUGGGUAACAUCAAGGGGUUUUCGGAACACGAACGGACUCUCUUCAUCACCCACGGCUAUGGUCAGAUUCUCCCGAUCAACGCUCGGGAGGUUUAUGUGCGUGACGAGCAAUGUUUCAGUAUUGACUGGGUUGAGACGAUGAACCGCGAACCGACCCAGUACGAGGUGGAGACGGCCAAACUGUCCGCUGGUAUGGAGGGCAUCUCACAUGCUAUGUUGUCCGACUACCUCGACCGCCACAUCGAUGGAAACGGCACCUUUGAGAAGUUUGUCGAUGACUACUUCGAAGGUACACCAUUCUUAACACAGAUGCUCAAGACCGCCUUCCGCUACUACUACCGCACGAAGCUGCCUGUUAUCCGGAAGGCUCUGAAGUUGAUCGUCGCCUACAACCUGACUCUGCAUGUCACCAUGGUCGAGGGUCUGGGAGAGGAAGACGAAUUCCUGGGCAAGAUUCGGGACGGUUCGUCCAAGUUCAGCGGCAAGACUAUGGCCCCGGUCAUGAUUAACUUCCAAAUCAAGUGCGCGAUGGCCAACAUGUGGCGUGAAUUGCAAAAGGACGUCUUGGAGGAGCUUUCUGCUCUGUACUCGAGUGUCUACGGCGGUGACAAGCUCAAGAACUGGCCGACCAUCUUUAUCUUGGCCUGCAUUCUGUUGGCUGUGUGGGAAGAGAUGCAAUUCGACUCGCAUUAUCGCACACCGGAUGCUGCUUCCGUGGAUAAAUUCUGCAAUGACAUGGAGACAACACCAGUCGGUGUUAUUGUCGGCUUGUUCCAAGCAAUCUCGCAGAAGUUGCCCGCUUUCACGGACUGGGAGACCCAAAAACACCACCACCUGCUAGCCUCCAAUCCCGAUGUGUGCAGCACUAUGACCGAAGUCCGGCAACAUGUUACACAGCACGAGAACUACCUGCGGAGCCGGAGUAGUAACUCGAAAUUCGACCGCAGUGACUUUGACUGCUUAUCGAAUAAAUUCAUUUCGCGACUUGUUAUCCGUGCCAAUUGA